CUGACUCCUCCAACUCCGUGACACAAACCAAACCAAUUCAAUCCUCUGAAUCGGUGAAUUAAAGCCACCGUGCCGUCACACACUUGACCGCCGCAUAAGGCAAACUCUUUAAAAAAACGACAAUAACAAUUAAUCCGCUUUUUCAGACCCUGUCUCACUUCCCACAAACACUGUUUUUCUUCUCCAUAUCAUGCCAUUUCCGUUUGCUUUCUCUUAACAUUUUCACUUUGUAUCGAGAUUCUUUUCAUCUUCAAAAUGGAAGAAGAAGCAUGGAGAUUCUUCACUUGGUUAAAGUUCUGUCGCGUGGUGGCAUUUAUGCUGAUGGUAUCUCCGUUCCCGUUGAGCAUGCAUCAUUGUCGUUGUUCCACUUUGAACAACGAAGGGUUGGCGAUGUUAAAGAUGAGGGAGAGAGUGACGAGGGAUCCUUUGGAGGCUUUAUGGAGUUGGAAUGAUGAAGAAGGAGUCAUUGAUCCGUGCUCGUGGUUCGGAGUGGAGUGCUCCGAAGGCAAUGUUGUCUCCUUGAAUUUGAAAGAUCUAUGCCUCCACGGAACACUAGCACCAGAAAUUGGGAAGCUGGUUCACAUAAAAUCAAUUAUUUUGCGUAACAAUUCUUUCUUCGGAGACAUCCCAAAGGAGAUACUACAUUUGGAGGAACUGGAAGUUCUUGACUUGGGAUUUAACAACUUCAGUGGACCAUUUCCAUCUGAAGACCUUGCCAACAAUCCAUCUCUGACUACCCUUUUAUUGGACAACAAUGACUAUCUAUCAAACCUGACUCCAGAUGAUGUGUAUAAGCUCAAGAUCAUUUCUGAAUUGCAUGUACAUGAAGAACAGCAAACUGGUGAUUUGACAAGAAACACAAGUGGUGGCAUUUCUAAUUUCUGGCACAUUGGACGACAAGGAGUUAAUGCAUAUAGAAGGUCACUUCUCCAAGCAUCAAAUACUGCCUCACCCAACACUAAAAGGGAUGAAGACAAUGAGACUCUUUCACCAACAACAUCACAUUUUCCCUCUUCAUUAUCACCAGUUUCUGAGCCUUUCACACCAUCACCAUCAAUAGUUUCCACAUCAGAAAGUCCCUCAAAUCCACCGUCAUCUUUUUUGAGAUCUCCAGAAGUUUCCCCUUCACCAUCUCCCUCCCUCUCUCCCUCACCCUCAAGUUUCUUUUUUACUCUUUCAACCUCACCUUCACCUCUGGUAGCACCAACUCCAGAGAAAUCACUUUUAACAAAUACACCUUCAAUUGAGUCCACACCACCAAAUUCUAAUUGGGAUUCAACAAACUCCUCUGCUUCAUCUCCAAACCAAGAGAAUUCAAACAGUUCAAACAUAAAGCAACAUUCUGUGAUUAUUUGGUUUACAAUUGGAGGCUUCUCCUUCCUGAUUUUGGUAUCAGCAACUGUUUUAAUUUGCUUCAGAAGUAGUAAGGUUGUAACUGUAAAACCUUGGGCCACAGGGUUGAGUGGUCAGCUGAGGAAAGCAUUUAUAACAGGUGUUCCAAGUCUGAAAAGAGCAGAACUUGAGGUAGCUUGUGAAGAUUUCAGCAACAUCAUUGGUUCUCUGCCCUAUGGGGCUGUUUAUAAAGGGACUCUUUCAAGUGGAGUUGAGAUAGCUGUAGCGUCCCCUGCGGUAACGUCAUCCAAAAAUUGGUCAAAAGCUAUGGAAGCUCAAUUCCGAAAGAAGAUUGAGAUGUUAUCAAGGGUGAACCACAAGAACUUUGUGAAUCUUAUAGGGUAUUGUGCAGAGAACAAGCCAUUCACAAGGAUGAUGGUUUUUGAGUACGCUUCAAAUGGAUCGCUAUUUGAGCAUCUACACAUUAGAGAAGCAGAACAACUAGACUGGGCAAUGAGAAUGAGGAUAGCUAUGGGAAUAGCCUACUGUUUAGAGCACUUGCAUCAGCUGACACCACCCAUUGCCCACAAGAACCUGCUAACUUCCUCUAUAUAUCUGACUGAAGAUUAUGCUGCUAAAUUAUCGGAUCUUAGUCUCUGGAGCGACAUAGUAGCUACGGAGAAGGUUUCUGAAGCCACACAGCUCUUAGAAACAACUUCAGCGCACAUAAAGGGAAAUGUGUAUAGCUUUGGUGUAAUAUUGUUUGAAUUGAUCACAGGGAGGAUUCCCUUUGGAGUGGACAAUGACUUUCUUGCAGAUUGGGCAGCAGAAUAUAUAAGGGGGCAACCCUUGAGAGAAAUGGUGGAUAUAAGCUUGAACUUUCUGAAACCAGAUGAAAUUGAGAAAUGGUCCGAAGUUAUUAAUAACUGUGUACAUCCAGAUCCAGAAAAAAGACCAACUAUGAGAGAGGUUACAGCUAAGUUGAAGGAGAUCACUUCCAUGGGGCCUGAUGGAGCAACUCCAAAAUCAUCCCCUCUUUGGUGGGCAGAGUUGGAAAUCAUUUCCGCUGAUUUAAGUUCAGACAUUAAUCCAUAGCUCAAAAUAAAGAACUAUAUAACUUUUGAUAAUAAUCUGAGAAGUUGCUCUGAAUUUGGAGUUUGAUGUCAUUUUUAGGUUUUUUCGUCUAAUUUUGUAUUGAUUAUGUUUUAGAUUCUUCUUUUGAAGCUAACAAAAGUACUGAAGAGCAGUUGAUAUUUGUAAAUAUUUGAGGAAUGAAGAGUGCUUCCUAUAAA